CAACUAGUCAUUUCCAGUACAAAGAUACAUUGGUCUCUGGUGACAGUGCCCCCUAGUAUAGAGUGAAGCUCCUUUAUCAAUACUUCACGGUCUGUAGUCCCCAGACAACGGAACUGGGAGAGAAGAUCACCAACACAAUCUCCUCCACCUUCAGCCAUUAAGAGCGUCUCCUUAGUAGCCACACCCACUAUCAGCCCUGCCCUUUUGUCCUGCAAACUAACCCGAAAAUUUCCGUAAUCUUUUAAAAGCAAAUCCGUGGAUUCCGUGCAUGUGGUGCAUUAUAAACUGUCAUUGUUCCUCGCAGUGUUCUGAGUAUGAAAUGUUUUCUUGUUCUUUUUGUUCUUUUCCUGUGUUCCCUGAGGCCUGGAGAUGGAGCUGGAAAGAAAGUUGUUAAAGAAAAAGGUCGAGCUCCUGUUGUUAAUGAAGUGGGUGGAGCCUCAGACACUGGUUUAGUUCAUUCAUUGGAUCUUGAACACUCCAUUGGAUCAGGAGGAGUGUUUAAAGUACGAGGUACUCUAACGUUUAGAUCCAGCUCCUCUUCUCUCUCUCCCUCUCUCUCUCAAGACACUUUAACUGAUGAAGACAGCAGCCUUUUUGAGAAAGCGGCUCUUAGCAAUGAUUAUUAUUAUAUAAGAAUUAAAAAUAAUAUAACUAAUGUUAAUGAAGGUGAAGCUGAUUAUGUCAUGUCAUUAACAAGUGCAUGUGGUUUAUUAAAAAGUUCUUUAAAAGAUAUAAUCACAAUUCAUGGAGAUGGACAAGGUGGUAUUAUUAGCGUCUCUGUUAGCCCAGUUAAUCCAGUUUUAGAAACGUGGUUUGACCUGUAAUGAUGUACAAGGGAGAUCAGUGAGAGAGAGAUACAGUAAUGUGUAUAUACAUCAU